GGGGUUGGAAUUAUUAUCUACUUGUUAAUAGGUGAGUACUGAGGUAAAGGAGGAUUGAAAACCGAAAGAUCUGGGUCAAGGUCGAAGUUGAGGUUGCCAGGGGAGACAUUAAUGUCCGCCAUUGCUUGUCAGGGUUUCGUAAGGAAAAGGAAAUACCAUAACGGACAGUUUUAGGGAACCAGAGUUUAAACUAUCUUCCCCAUUUUUGGAGCUUUGAUCUUCCUUGUUCUCUCGCACAUUCUUUCUUCUGCUAAGCCAACACGAUUUGGUUCCUGAUCCGUGCGUUUCUCAGAUCAAAGACGCAUAGAAACAUUUUUAUUUUAUACUUUAAAGAAAAAAAAAUUAAGAUAGAAAAUCUGAGCUUUCUGAGUAUGAUUUUCUGGGAUCCUUCCUUCCUCUUCCACGACACAUCGUUGUGUUAUUCUUCCGGGAUUUGCGAUCUGUGUUCGUGUACUAACAUCGAGAUUUUGUCUUUUUAUGCGUGAAAAUGGAGAAAUUUCAGAGGCGGCAUGGUCGGGAGAGACCUUCACACGGAUAUGCUGCAAAGAUCAGAAACCUUUCUCAUCAGAAAUCGGGCGCUCAUCUUGUUUUAACGGAAAGAGUUCUGUCAGAAGGAGAUUGGAAUAGCUGGAAGUCAGUCGUCUCCUUGAAUGGAACGUCUGAUUCUAGUUCUUGUAGCAGUGGUCUCGCAGAUGAAGAUUCGUUUAUGUUUGAUUUGAGGAGAAAUUCUUCAAAACAAGCAGGUGGGACUCCAAUGAAGAAGUUAUUAGCAGAAGAAUUGUCAAAAGAUAUGGAAUCCAAGAGAAGGCCUCCAAGUGUUAUUGCAAGAUUGAUGGGUCUUGAUGCACUGCCACCUCAGCAGCUUGUCCAUGAACAACCGAAAAUAUUUUCAGAGAACUACCUCCAGAAAACUGCAUCUAUUGCUUUGCAAGAGAAGAAACCAUUGCACGAGGCUCGUUCCUCAAGAAAGAAGCAUGAUAAGGAGCCUCAAGAAUUCAAGGAUGUCUUUGAAGUCAGGGAAGCAUCAAAGACAGAGAAGCAGAGUAAGCCAGCAAUUCAGAAAUGGAUUGGAAAAUCUAAACCUAGUGAUUCAAAGAUGGCAUUAAUAAGGCAGAAGUUCAUGGAUGCAAAACGUCUAUCGACUGAUGAAAAGCUUCAACAAUCAAAGGAAUUCCAUGAUGCACUAGAGGUGUUAGACUCCAAUAAGGAUCUCUUACUGAAAUUUCUUCAAGAACCAGAUUCUCUAUUUACAAAACAUUUACAUGGUCUCCAUGGAGCCCCACCCCCUCACCAAUUUGGUCACAUAACAGUCCUAAAAUCAUCAAAUGCUUCAAAGCAUGAACACCCUGACAUAUGCUGGAAAGCUGAGCGAAAAACUGACCAGAGGGAAGAUAUAAACUCGAUUCAGAAAGACAUUGUCCAAGGCCAUGGUAGAGAUGGUGCCUACUAUUCAUCUAAGCUCAUGAAAUCUCGAUUUGAAGAGAAGGAUGAGGACUGUGUUCUUCCUACAAGGAUUGUUGUUUUGAAGCCCAACCCUGUAAAGGCACAGAAUGCAUCAACAUCUGCCUCACCAAGUUCUUCCAUAGGCUUCCAUUCUGAGAAUCAUCAGUUAUUUGCUGAAGUGUGUGAUAGGAAAAAUUCUUCAAAUAAUGUGAGGCAUAGGUCUAAAAGUUCCAGAGAAAUUGCAAGGGAGAUCACUAGACAGAUGAGACAAGGUGUAAGCAGUAGCUCUAUAAGGGCAUCCAGUUCACGGCUUAAAGGUUAUGCAGGGGAUGAGAGUUCAUGUAGCAUGUCAGAGGUUGAUUCUGCAAAUGAAUCAGAGGCUGUGCCACCAACUUCUAGAUGUAUCUUUGAGUGGAAGAACAGGUACAGCCCAUCGUCAUCAUGUUCACCUGAGUCAUCUGUAAGUAGGGAGGCAAAGAAGCGACUCUCAGAAAGGUGGAAGAGGACUCGCCGAUUUCAAGAAGUUGGAUUGGUUGGUAAGGGCAGCACCCUUGGUGAAAUGCUUGCUAUUCCUGAUAAAGAAACUCAGCCAGCGACGUUGGGAGCAGGUGAUGGAUUGGCAAGGAAGGAUGGAAUUGCAAGGUGUACCCCUAUUGGUAUCAGCAGUAGAGAUGGUUGGAAAGAUGGCUAUCCUAAACAUUUGCCAAGGUCCAAAUCAGUUCCAGCGUCAUUUACUUCAUUUGGAAGUCCAAAAUCAGGCUUUGGUCAUGGAGCUGAUGGGAAUGACAGGACUUUGAUGUCAAAGGUUAUCAAGCAGGAGCCUCAUACAUUAAUAAUUAGAAAUUCCAACCACAUAGAAGAUUCCGAUUCAUUCCUCAGGGACCAGAGCUCCAAGAAUGAAAAGCCUCAUUUUUCUUUUAGAACAAACCGGGAGAGUAAUCAUUCUGAACAAGAAACUCACACGAGGCUGGAUGAACCAAGAAAGAAUAUGGCAGAGAGGGAUCAACCUGAGCAUAAACCUAUUAUUCCUGAACCGCUAUCUUGUGAUGUGGCAGAUAAGAGGCUAAUUGUUGAGGAAGUGCUUGUUUCUGAGAAGCAGGACAUGAAGAGGCUCGCUGAUACUCCUGAAGAGGAACUGCCUGAGUCAGCAGCCUGUAUCAUAUUAGAGAACAUUGAAGCCUCCUCUGUUCAUGAUGCUAAUGAAUCAAUUCUAAAGGAAGCGCCAGACCAAUCCACUGAGGAAGCAUUGCUCUCUGCAAACUGUUCUUUACCUGAACCCGAAUCUCCAGCAAGUUCCAAAGAGGUUGAUCAGCCUAGUCCAGUUUCAGUUCUAGAGCUACCAUUUGUGGAAGACAUGUCAUCUGGAUCAGAGUGCUUUGAGAGGGUUAGUGCUGAUCUAAAUGGACUUCGGAUGCAGCUUCAGCUUCUCAAGUUGGAGAGCUCAGAUCCAUAUCGAGAUGGAAUAGAACUGUUUGUGUCAAGUGAUGAAGACACUGGUGAAGAAUCUGUCGGUCUUUCAGAAGAGAAAGGUGAACAUAUGGGCAGAUUGAGCACUGGAGAAAACCGAGACUACUUCUAUGUUGUUGAUGUGUUUGUUGAUUCGGGUUUGGAUUUUAUGGAUCGGGAAAUGGUUUUGGCAGCUUCGCACUCACUGGAAUGCCCUGUGGAUCCCGUGGUGUUUGAGAAGCUUGAGAAGAAGUAUGGUGAACAGUUGACAUGGCAAAGGUCAGAAAGGAAGUUGUUGUUUGAUCGUAUAAACUAUGGGUUGAUGGAGAUUCUUCGGCCAUCUCUGGAUCCACACCCCUGGGUGAAGCCAGCAAUGAGAAGACUAACUACUCGGUACGAAGAGUCUCUGGUGGAUGACCUUUGGAAAUUGUUGGUGAACCAGGGUGAGGAAGAAACUAACGACUCAUCGGAGAAGGUAUUGGAUAGGGAGAUGAGGUGGUUGGAAAUAGGGGAUGAUAUUGAUGUGGUGGGUAGGGAAAUAGAGAAAUUGUUACUUGAUGAGCUGAUAGGAGAGCUUGUUAGCAUGUAAAGAGUAGACACAAUUGACGGUUUUCUCUUCUUUCUCCUGUUCUGUUUCUAAAUAUGUAGGGUGGAUACGAAUAUGCAUAUAUACUGAAAUGAGGUGUAUCAACGUAGACGGGAAUAAAUAAAAUAAUGAUUUGAAUAUUCCACGUGGAA